AUGGGAUACUCCGACCCUACGUCGGGUAGAGAUUUACUCGGCAAUAGGUCGCUUUGUUUUAUAUUCAUUUGCGCAUUUGGACUGGUUACACUUUUACAACAGAUUCUUUAUGGCAAAAACUACAUUAAAAGUGCGCAACAGUUUAGCCGACUCAAAGGAGACGAGACAGGAAAUUGGACCGGCCCUGUUAAUUUCUCGGAUGAUGGAUCUCUGAAGCCUGCCAGAAAUGGGAAGAAAAGGUAUCUGGAUUCAUACGAUGGAUCCUAUGACUACAACUCCACUGCAUGUAAAGAGCUCAGACAGGAGAUUAUGGAUGUCAAAGUCCUGACCAUGGUGAAGACGUCAGAGCUGUUUGAGAGAUGGAGGAACCUGCAGGUGUGCAAGUGGCAGCAGAACAUGGUGGAGACUAACAACUUCAAGAUGUCUCUGUCGCGUUGCUGUAAUGCACCCUCCUUCUUGUUCACCACCAAGAGGAACACCCCAGCAGGCACCAAGCUGAGGUAUGAGGUGGACACCAGUGGCAUCCUGCCCAUCACUACUGAGGUCUUCAAGAUGUUCCCCGACGACAUGCCGUACUCCAAGUCCCAGUUCAAGAAAUGUGCUGUUGUUGGAAAUGGAGGAAUCAUCAAGAACAGCAAAUGUGGGAAGGAAAUUGACUCAGCAGAUUUUGUGUUUAGAUGCAACAUACCACCCAUCAACGAGAAGUAUUCGGCUGAUGUAGGCUCCAAAACAGAUCUGGUGACGAUUAAUCCAAGUAUUAUAACAGAGAGGUUCCAGAAGCUAGAGAAGUGGCGGCGGCCAUUUUACGAGGUUCUUCAGAACUAUGAGAACUCGUCGGUGGUCCUACCCGCCUUCUACAACACGCGUAACACUGAUGUCUCCUUCCGAGUAAAGUACAUGCUAGACGACUUUGACUCCCAGAGGGGCGUGUUCUUCUUCCAUCCUCAGUACCUGCUCAACGUCCAGCGCUUCUGGGGUGUCCAGGGUGUCCGCGCCAAACGCCUCAGCAGCGGCCUGAUGCUGGUCACCGCCGCCAUGGAACUGUGCGAGGAGGUCCACCUCUACGGCUUCUGGGCGUUUCCCAUGAACCCCUCAGGCAUCUUCAUCACGCACCAUUACUACGACAACGUCAAGCCCCGCCCCGGGUUCCACGCUAUGCCCCACGAGAUCUUUAACUUCCUGCACAUGCACACGCGAGGCAUCCUCCAUGUACACUCGGGAGCCUGCACGUGAUUGUGAACCGGAGU